UCGGGGGGGGGCGGUGGAGUUGUUUCCAUGGGGCAGUUGUUCCCCCCCCCCCCUCAGACCAUGCACCGAAGGCACCACCAAGACCUCAGCACCGUGGGGAACACAGGGCAGAGGCUGGAGCCAGGGCCCCCCCUCGCCAGCGACUCGGAGGACGACGAGGUGCCGCGGCGCCUUGCCCUCAGAGGUGCUGCCUCACCCCGAGUUGUUUUAGAGAGUGACCCGGAGGAGCCAGAUGUGCACCCAGCUGUUCCAAGGCCCCGAAAACGCUGCCGUACUCGCCCAUGGGGCCACCUCCCAGAUGUGGCCACACCCUGUCCAGACCCAAACAUCGGGGGGCCCAAAAAGCGCCGUUUCGGCCCCAAAACCACCCCAGAUCCAGAUGUGGGGAGAAAAACAGCUGUUCCAAAUGUUCAACCCCUGAGUCAGUAUCAGAAUCCCCCAAAGGUGGCAGGUUCAGAUGUUGAUCCAGAUGUGGAUGAAAAGGGCCCGAAUCCAGAUGUUGGAGGUGCAGAAAAUGGGUGUCAGAUGCUUGUGGUGGACAGUGACACAGAUGUGAAAGAAGCUGAUUUUUUUCCCAACAUUGAGAGCACAAAAAUGCGGCAAAUGGCCCAAAACGCACCAAACCCCCCAGGUGUGGAGGUGAAGCCUCUGAAUCCAGAUGUUGGAGGUCCCAAAAAGAGAUGUCGGACAUUUUUGGUGGACAGUGAUACGGAUGUGGAGGAGAUGGAGAGCUCAAACUCUGCUGUUGAAGGGCCCAAAAACGGACAUCAGAUGCUCGUGGUGGACAGCGAUACAGAUGUGGAGGAGGACAGAGCUUGUCCAAGUGUUAGUUACCCCCAAAAUAUACCCAAAGUCCAAGAUAUUGAGAUGGAGACCCACAAUGCAGAUGUUGAAGGUUCACAAGAGGGACAUCCAAUGCUCAUGGUGGACAGCGAUACAGAUGUGGAGGAGAAUGGAGCCAAUCCAGAUGUUGGGUACCGUGAAGCCCAUCAGAGAACCCAAACCGUCGCAAAACCCCAAACUGUUGAGGUGGCGAUGCAAAAUGCAGAUGUGCAAGGUUCACAAAAGGGUCAUCGGGUGCUCAUGGUGGAGAGCGACACAGAUGUGGAGGAGGACACUUCCAAUCCAGAUGUUGGGUGUCCAGAAAGCCACAGAACAGCCCCCAGAGACCCAGAAGUGAAGGCCAAGACCACAAAUCAAGAAGUUGAAGGGGGGCAGACUCUCCUGGUGGAGAGUGAUACAGAUGUGGAGGAGGACACUUCUAAUCCAGAUGUUGGGAUUCCAAAAACCCAUCAAGCAACCCAAAAUGUGCCGAGAAACCCCCAUGUGGAGACGAAGAGACCAAAUCCACAUGUUGAUGGUCCCCAAAGCAAACACUGUACACUUGUGGUGGACAGCGAUACAGAUGUGGAGGAGAAUGAGGUGGAUCCAGAUGUCAGGUGUCCAAAAACCCGUAUAAUUGCCCACAAAGACCCAGAUGUUGAUAUUAGAACCCCAAAUCCAGAUGUUAAAGGAACCCAAAACGAACAUUGGAUCCUAGAGGUGGACAGUGACACCGAUGUAGAAGACGACAACCUGAAUCAAGGUCCAAAAAGCCACAAAACCCCCCAAAACACCCAGAAGCACCCGACUGUGGUGAUGGAGACCCCAAAUCCAGAUGUUGGCAGCCUCAGCCGUGACUCAGUGGCCUCAAGUGGUGACAGCGAUACAGAUGUGGAGGACCUCAGCGCCCUUGCCAAUGCUGCAGCUCCAAAACUACACGUGGCAACCCAUGAAGUCACGGCUACAGCUGCUCCAGAUGUUGACCCCGAGGGGCGGAUGCGGACCAAUGACAACCCAGAUGUGGACGCCCUGUUCCCAAAUCCAGAUGUUGGAGCCCCCAAAGCCCAGUGCCCGGUCCUGAAUGUGGACAAUGACGCAGAUGUUGAGGACAGUGCUGUCAUUCCAGACGUUGGGACACCGCAAGGGUGUCGAGGGGCACCGGGUGCCCCAGAUGUGGUGGCGACGUCACCAAAUCCAGAUGUUCCCCCCCCCACGAGCCCCCGGCAUAGCAGCGACACCGACGUAGAGGAGGUGGCCCCCACUCCAGAUGUUCCGAGCCGAGUCCAGUUCCAAGAUGCCCCCACUCCAGAUGUUGUGAGCCGAAUCCAGUUCCAAGAUCCACCCCCUCCAGAUGUUGUGGGCCCCGCGACAGGCGGCGCAGCAGCGGCGACGGACCCCAACCGCUGCCGAUCGUCCCCAGAAAGGCAGAGUUUUCCCCUCAAAUCUGUGCCCGCCCCCCAAGCCCCCCCACAGCCCGGCGCAACUUGGGGCGUCGCCGCUGAUGCUGAGGGUGGAGCCGGGGCCACCGGUGCGGCGGUGACAGAGAGUGACACCGAGGAUGAUCCCGACCUCUUCUUGGAGCCCACCCAGAACUUUUUGUCACCGGUGGCCAAGGGACACCCGGGUCCCCAGCGUGGCUCUCCCACAGGCGCAGCCCCAGCUUGGGACCCCGAGGAGCCCACCCAACCCUUCUGGCCCCCCAAGGAGAAGGAGGAGGAAGAGGAGGAGGAGGAAGAGCAGCCCCCCCCGCACCCCCCCCAGGACCCCCCGAGUGCCAGCGUCCCCCCAACGGAGCCGGUGGUGGUGACACCGGCCCAGGAGGGGACAGCGGAGCUCGGGGCUGGGCCCCGCCGCAGCCAGCGCCUGGCCAGGAACCGAGGGGGAGGAGCCACGGGGGGCGGAGCCUCUGGCAAAGGCGGAGCCAGCAAGGGGAGGGGUGGAGUGUCCUCUGUCACCGCCCCCCCACGGCGCAGCCCCCGCCUCCAGCCCCACCCACCGCCGGCUGCAAAGGGGCGGGGUCAAGCAGAGUCAUGCCCCCCCGCCAAGCCACGCCCCUGUCGGGCAGGCCCUGCCCCAUCACAGAAGCAAGCUGAGAAGGAAGAUAAGCAGCUGCCAGAAGUCACCAGGCCCCACCUCCGCCCCCGGGAGGCCCCUGGCUCCGCCCCCCCCAAGGUGCUGUUCACGGCGGUGGUGGCCUCCCCGGCGAUGGAGGUGGCCCUGAGGACGCUGGGGGGGUCCAUGGCCACCUCCGUCUUCGACUGCACCCACCUGGUGACCGACCGCGUCCGACGCACCGUCAAGUUCCUCUGUGCCGUGGCCCGCGGCAUCCCCAUUGUCACCCCUGAGUGGCUCCACAAGAGCUCCCACAGUGGCCACGUCCUGGCACCGGAUCCCUUCCUGGUGCGUGACAACCAGCAGGAGCGUCACUUCGGCUUCAGCCUGGCCCAGGCCCUGCGCCGCGCCCGCUGCCACCCCCUGCUCCAGGGCUACGAGGUCCACGUCACCCCCAACGUCCGCCCCGAGCCCGAGCACAUGAGGGACAUCGUCACCUGCAGUGGUGGCACCUUCCUGCCCACCAUGCCCCACACCUAUGGGCCGCGGCGCCUGGUGAUCUCGUGCGAGGCGGACGCGGGGUGCUGGGCCCCGGCGCUGGGCGCCCGUUUGCCCUUGGCCUCGGCCGAGCUGCUGCUGACGGGGCUCCUGCGCCAGCGCCUCCAGCUGGGACCUUUCCUCCUGACCCCCCCGCCCUCCGGCGGGGCCCCCCCGAACCCCGCUCCCCACGUUCCUACCGGCCGACACGGGGCCCUUCGCCACCCCCCCGCCAACGAUUCCGGGGAGGUGACGGCGCGUGGGAGGAGUCGGGGAACCCCCCGGGGAUCCCCCCGCCACCCCCCCGGGACCCGGCGGCGCCCGGCGGCCCCCCCCACCCGCCAAUAAAGAGAAAAAAAAGGGGGUUCAGCAGCCAAAAAAAAAAAGAAAAAAAAAAAGUGAUUUGGGGGGUUCGGGGACAAGG